AUGGCUGACCCAGCUGCACCACCUGCCGGAUACCCACCCCCAGGAUAUCCACCGCCAGAUGGCUAUGCCUUUGGUUAUCCAGCCCCUCCGGCUUAUGCGCCGCCGCCUCCCGGCUACCCGCCACCGGAGGCAUAUAGUUAUCCGCCAGCCUAUGGCGCCCCGCCACCCGGUUAUGGUCCACCGCCAGCCUAUGGCUACGGUCCACCGCCCCCUAGUUAUGGUCCACCACCGGACAGUUACGGUUAUGGGCCCCCGCCAAAAUAUGGCGCGCCUCCAAGUUACGGAGCCCCGGGGUACGGAUCCCCUUACGGCGCCUCCGCUUCUUCUUCAGGAUCUGCACCAGGCUACGGGGCGUUGGAGAAGACCUCCACGACCUCGGGUGGGCAGAGAAGAGAAAGUUCGGGCCGACCGCAGCAGCGGAGGCAGCCAGGACGGGCAGAGCCCCGAGGUGAAAAGCCUUCUGGCACGGCCCGCGGAAAGGAUGGCAAGAAAGGUGGCAAGGGGAAGGGCAAGGACAGAGGGAAGGGUGACAAAGACAAAGGAAAUUCUCAGAAGCAGCAGAGUCAGGAUCAUGAAGGUGGAGAGAAGACCGGCGAUGGGGAGGACUCCAAGCCGGGCAAGGAGGGAAAGGGUAAAGGCAAGGGAAAGGGAGCCUUGGCAAAUCAGUAA